UCUUCUUCUUCUUCUGAGAAGUUGACUUUGCUGCUUCUCAGACGCGCACGUCAUCUGUUAAUCUCCAGAGAUUCAGCCUGAUACCAUGAGCUCCGAAGCAGAUGAGUCUAAAGAAGUGGCUACAGAUGUCUUCAAUUCCAAGAGUUUGGCCAUUCAGGCCCAGAAGAAAAUUCUUGGCAAAAUGGCAUCCAAAUCAAUAGCAACUACUUUGAUAGAUGACACAAGCAGUGAUGUGUUGGAUGAACUCUACAGAAUGACAAAGGAGUACAUACAAAACAAGAAAGAGGCAGAGAAGAUAAUUAAAAACCUCAUUAAGACAGUCAUCAAGUUAGCAAUCCUCUACAGGAAUAACCAGUUUAAUGAGGAAGAAAUCAUGCUUAUGGAGAAGUUCAAGAAGAAGGUUCACCAGCUGGCUAAAACUGUGGUGAGCUUCCAUCAAGUCGAUUAUACCUUUGACAGAAAUUUUUUGUCCAAAUUGCUGAAUGACUGUAGAGACCUGCUUCAUCAAAUCAUUCAACGCCACCUAACAACAAAAUCUCAUGGACGUGUCGACAGAGUGUUUGAUCAUUUCUCAGAUUGUGAAUUUUUGGCUGCCUUGUACAAUCCAUUUGGAUCUUACAAAACCCAUUUGCAGAGACUCUGUGAUGGUGUCAAUAAAAUGCUAGACGAAGGGAAUAUAUAAGUAACUUUAUUGGUGUUGACUGAUUAUAUAAUCAACUGGGAAUUACUGAUGGCCUCAUGAAUUGAAUGAAGGAGUGAAGAGCUAGGAAAUAACUGUGUGGUUAAUAAAGGAAAAUACCAAACAUGAGCUUAAAUAAUAA